UGGGAGAGCGCGCCGUCCGGGCCGAGCCUAGCCGCAGGCCCUCCGGCCCACGCCGGCGCUUGUCUUCGGUAAGCAGCCCGGGGAAAAAGCCCGUACUGACCAGGGCGCGGGUCCCGCGCUUCUAUCCUAUCUCAGAGCUGCCAGGCUGCUUGUUGCCCCCACUGCUCCAGCGGGGCUCGGCUAGACUUGCCAUCUGCGUCCCGGUUGCGCCAUGGAUCCAUCAGAGAAGAUAUCGGUGUGGAUCUGCCAGGAGGAAAAGCUAGUAUCUGGUCUCUCUCGCCGCACUACUUGCUCGGACGUGGUGCGCGUGCUCUUGGAAGACGGCUGCCGGCGACGACGGAGACAGCGGCGGGGCCGGCGGCGGGGGGCGGCCAGCGACUCGCCAGGCUCGGUGGAGCUGCUGGAACCCCUGGACGAGGACGACGAGGACGAUGAUGAGGCUCUGCCACCAGGCUUGCUGUGCGGGCCACCGCAGUGCUAUUGCAUUGUGGAGAAGUGGCGAGGCUUUGAGCGCAUCCUGCCCAACAAGACGCGCAUCUUGCGUCUCUGGGCCGCCUGGGGCGACGAGCAGGAGAAUGUGCGCUUUGUGCUGGUGCGCAGCGAGGCGUCGCUGCCCAACACCGGUCCCCGCAGCGCCGAGGCGCGCGUGGUACUAAGUCGCGAGCGCCCCUGCUCGGCCCGGGGAUUCCCGGCGCGGCCCAGCCUGGCCAUGACCCAGGAGAAGCAGCGGCGAGUUGUGCGCAAGGCCUUCCGCAAGCUGGCCAAGCUCAACCGGCGACGCCAGCAGCAGCCGUCGUCACCUUGUUCGUCCACUUCGUCGUCCACCGCCUCGUCCAGCUCGUCGUCGCCGCGAGCCACAGAGAGCGCGUCUGUGGAGCGCAUGGAGACGCUGGUGCAUUUGGUGCUCUCCCAGGACCACACCAUCCGUCAGCAGGUGCAGCGGCUCCGGGAGCUGGACCGCGAGAUCGAUCGCUACGAGGCCAAGGUGCACUUGGACCGCAUGCGGCGGCACGGAGUCAACUACGUGCAGGACACUUACUUGGUGGGCGCAGGCAUUGAGCUCGAUGGGCUCAGCCCAGGAGAGGAGCCCGCGGCGGCGGCGGCGGCGGCCGAAGAGAAGCCCCAGGACGGCGAGGCGCAGGCGGCGGCGCUGGAGGAGCUGGCCCGGCGCUGCGACGACCUGCUGCGGCUGCAGGAGCAGCGAGACCAGCAAGAGGAGUUGCUCGAGCGUCUCUCGGCCGAGAUUCAGGAGGAGCUGAACCAGAGAUGGAUGCGGCGGCGCCAGGAGGAGCUCGCUGCACGAGAGGAGCCACCGGAGCCUGAUGGCAGCCUCGACGGCGAGCUGCUGCUGGAGCAGGAGCGGGUCAGGACGCAGCUCAGCACUAGCCUCUACAUCGGGCUCCGGCUCAACACGGACCUGGAGGCCGUCAAAUCGGACUUGGAUUACAGCCAGGAGCAGAGGAACAGCAAGGAGCGGGAACUGCAGGGCCUUCUCCAGACUUUGCACACGUUGGAGACGACGGCAGCGCCUGACGGGCCCCCCACCUCUGGUGGAACUUCGCGGGAAUCCCAGUCUCAGACCUGCGCUGAGGUGUGGGUGGAUCAGGCCCGCGGACUAGCCAAGAGCUGUCCUGGCAACGACGAGGACUCGGACACGGGGCUGAGCUCUAUGCACAGCCAGGACUCGGACUCGGUGCCGGUGUGCGAAUCCCUUGUGUAGGAGAAGCAGCGCUGGAAUGGGAGACGAACGUUUUUCCCUUUCUUGUCGAAAGCCCGGGCCCGGCCAGCUCAGGGACUUGAAACCCAGCUGCGGAUGGGCCCGGAGCUUCUGCCCGGCAGCAGCACUCUGGGUGGGGAAGGGCUUGUGUGGCCUGCCUGGCAGUGGCGCUCUUCUGGCUUGGGGUGAGUGUGGAGGAAGGCGCGGGAAGAGGAAGCUGGGUCUUCAAUCCAAGCAGUUUUAGAGAAAGAAAGGGUGGAGGAGGUGAGAACCCCCUUCCUCAGAUUGGAAAACAAACGCCCCAGGGAAAUUGACGUGGUCCGAACCCAUUUUCAAAAACAGAAGAAAAAGAGUAUUAUGGGGAUUUCAUCACUCUUCUGUAUGGGAAGGACUGAUGGCAGCUAGAAUUUUAGGUUGUGGCAUAAAGUGCUUUUAAAAGAAACACUUGGAUGAAAAGGAAAUUCCUUGAAUGUUAAUUGUGACUGUGAACGUGUUAAAACUAGCCAAAGAGGACGCACUGGUGUUGGUCUCAGCCUUACUUACAUCUUUGAUAAAACCCAUAGGCUCCCAAAUCCUGGCUGUUUACAUUUCUGCAGAUUCUGGAAUCACUCAUCUGUUAAGCUGUUUGCCUUUUAUUUUCUUUCAAAGGCUGAACUAUAUAGAAGUCUAACUCCAUAUCUCCUCCUAGUAAAUGCAGUAUGUAUUCAAAUGGGA